UCCAUCAGCGCGCGGGCAGCGUACAGGUGUAUCGCGCUGUGUUGGCAGUUUCAAACACUGAAGAGAGAUACUAAAAGACCAAGACUAGGGGAGAGCUUGGAAGCAGCAUGUAACAGGCACAGCAGUUUACUGAGAGCGUAGCUGUCUUCAUCCACCUAGUUUAUUAGGCACUUGGAGAAUGCGUUAAGAUCGCAACAACAUCACGGUUUCGGGAAGCUGCAACAGGAUACAUUCUACACUCAACGCAACAGGAUCGAUAGUUUUCCAAAAACAGAUAUGAACACCAACGAUGCGAAGGAAUAUCUCUCCAGGAGAGAGAUACCUCAACUGUUUGAGAGUCUGCUGACUGGUCUGAUGUACUACCGACCGGAUGACCCCAUAGACUACCUAGAGACCUGCCUUAAGAAGGUGAGGGAGCUCGGCGGGACUGAUAAAGUUCGGUGGGACACGUUCGUUGGACAGGAGAAGAAGUCGUUACCGCCUCUCAAUGGUGGGCAGUCACGUCGAUCUUUUUUCCGCAAUGUUCUCCCAGACAGUCCCAAUUUCCCCUAUCGGAGAUAUGAGCGCCUCCCACCCAUCAACCAGUUUUCCAUAGAGAGUGACUCAGACUUGUCUGAGACAGCUGAGCUCAUAGAGGAAUAUGAAGUGUUUGACCCAUCUAGACCCAGACCCAAAGUCAUCCUCAUUAUAGGUGGCCCGGGCAGCGGUAAAGGUACACAGUGUCUGAAGAUAGCUGAGCGUUACGGCUUUGAAUAUGUCUCAGUGGGUGAGCUGCUCAGGAAGAAGAUGAUCCAUAACGCCACCAGCAACAGGAAAUGGAGUUUGAUUGCUAGGAUCAUCACCAAUGGAGAACUGGCACCACAGGAAACAACCAUAACUGAGAUCAAGCAGAAGAUCAUGAAGAUUCCAGAGGCCAGCGGUAUAGUUAUAGAUGGCUUCCCUCGAGAUGUGGGACAAGCACUUUCUUUUGAGGACCAGUUGAACAUUUCUCACAUUUUUGACUGUCACCACUCUCCUUCACUGCCAUUCCCACAAUCCCCUGUGUGA